UUUCCUAUUUUUCGUAGUACAUGAAUGCUGAAUAGUCUAAUGAGUGAAACCAAUCCGGAUCGAAGCAGCUUGGUCCUCGAUAAGCUACUUUCAGUGACUUUCAAACUUCCUCUACGGGCGAUGUCCGACGUAUAAACAGUGCAAUUUACUUACCGACUACUGCAUUACAGCUCGUGGAUCGUGAUUUAUGAUUUUUUAUUCCCCGAUAAAUACAGUAUAAAAUAAACAUUCCCUCCCCCUACGCUGUACGCUCAUCACAACGUACCUUAUUCUUCGCCUCUUUCCUCUCUUGUGUCUCAUUGAGUAGCUCUCAACCUCCGUUUCCGUCGGCCAGACUCCUCCAUUUCAGGUAACGGUCAAAUUCGAUGAAGAUGGAAGUCAUAGGUGGCUAAAGGUUAUAUUUAAGUUUGCUUUGACUGUUAUUAAGGCAAUGUGUGGAGGACGGACUAAAUUUGGAGGUUUGGGAAGUGCUUUGCGUAAGGGAACCCAGGGGAACUGCUCUCGAAACAGGAAAUCUGGAAUGGAAUUUGAAUCGGACUGGACAAGACACAGAAAGUCCUCUGUUUUGACUGCUCGAGCAAUCCGUUCUGCAACAGCUUUUAUGCCUUGGUCCCGUAAAAUCCCUAUAGGUGAAGGAUAUCAUGAAUUCCUCUAAUUAGAUCUUUCUUCAAGAAGGUUCGCACUUUCCCUGGAGAGGGACAAUUUGUUUUACACGACCAUAAGUUGCCUUAAGCUCUAGUUUCAAUAAUGCCGGCCUUUGUAAGUGGGAAGAAGAGAUUUACCGAACAAGCUGGUUGUUUCUCUGAUAUGGUCAAGCAAAAUUCAUCACUCGUUUCAAAGAGUAACGUUCAUCAGCAUGAUGAUGAUUUUGAUAGCCCGAUUCUGCCCGGGCUUCCGGAUGAUGUGGCAAAACAGUCCCUCGCACUCGUUCCUCAUUCCAACUUCCCUUCCAUGGCUGCUGUUUGUAAGAAGUGGAGGUCAUUUCUGCGAAGCAAAGAGUUCCUUGCCGUGCGCAAAUUAGCUGGGCUGCUUGAGGAGUGGCUAUAUGUAUUAACCAUUGAUCCUGAAGGGAAGGAAAGCCACUGGGAAGUUUUGGAUUGUUUCGGUAGAAAGCACCGCCAACUGCCACCAAUGCCUGGUGAGGCCAAGGCUGGGUUCGGUGUGGUGGUUCUCAAUGGAAAGCUUCUAGUAAUCGCUGGCUAUUCAGCAGGUAAUGGGAGGGGCCUUGCUUCAGAUGAAGUUUACCAGUAUGAUUCUUGUCUCAACAGCUGGAGCCGACUGGCAAAUAUGAAUGUGGCCCGCUAUGACUUUGCAUGUGCAGCAGUCAAUGGUAAGGUGUAUGCUGUUGGCGGCUAUGGUAUUGAAGGUGAUAGCCUGUCCAGUGCCGAAGUGUAUGACCCGGACACGGACAAGUGGACCCUGAUAGAGUCCCUUCGACGCCCCAGGUGGGGCUGCUUCGCCUGCGGCGUUGAGGGCAAGCUCUAUGUAAUGGGUGGGAGGUCGAGCUUCUCCAUUGGGAACUCGAGGUUCGUGGACGUUUACAACCCGGAGAAGCACGCAUGGGGCGAGAUGAAGAACGGGUGCGUCAUGGUCACAGCCCACGCUGUGAUCGGAAAGAAGCUCUUCUGCAUGGAGUGGAAAAACCAGAGGAAGCUGGUGAUAUUCAAUGCUGAGGAUAGCUCGUGGAAGGUGGUGCCGGUCCCCUUAACUGGGAGCACGAGUAUAGGUUUUCGUUUUGGAAUAUUGGGUGGGAAGCUGCUGUUAUUUUCACUCGAGGAGGAUCCUGCGUAUCGUACUCUGUUGUAUGAUCCCGAUGCAGCCCCGGGAUCUGAGUGGCAGACCUCAGAGAUAAAGCCAUCCGGGAUGUGCCUGUGCUGCGUGACCAUAAAAGCGUGAAGGGCAGGACCAUUCGAAGACGUGGAGUUCCUCGGGCGAUUGGUUAACCGUGUGGGGUCCUGUGAUUUGCAUUCGAUGGAUAAAUUAUAUCACAUUUGGCAGACAUUAUUAUAUCUUUCCAUUGCUUUUCCCUUCUCUGGAGCAAACAUUGAUUUGGUUAGCUCUGUAUCUGCACGUGAAUCUAGAUUUAUAUGGCACUUACAUAAA